CUCUCUGGUGGCCCAGAGCUGGUCACCGGGGAGCCGGCCUCCUGCCGCGGCCCCACUGGUACCCAUGUGCCGCUGCCCGCCGGAGCACCAUGACAGCAGGAUGACCUCUGCCGAGGCAGUGGCGGUGGCUGGCGGCGCUCGGUGGGCCGGGUCCGCCGAGUGGCCCCCUGACACCCCGCAGGCCCUUCGGCGGCCUGGCCGGGCCCGGGUGGCCGUGGCUGCGUUGGUGUGGCUGCUGGCGGGAGCCAGCAUGUCGAGCCUCAACAAGUGGAUUUUCACAGUGCACGGCUUCGGGCGGCCCCUGCUGCUGUCGGCGCUGCACAUGCUGGCGGCCGCACUGGCCUGCCACCGGGGGGCGCGGCGCCCCCUGCCCGGGCAGACCCGCCGCCAGGUACUGCUGCUCAGCCUCACCUUCGGCAUCUCAAUGGCUUGCGGCAACGUGGGCCUGAGCGCCGUGCCCCUGGACCUGGCGCAGCUGGCCACCACCACCACGCCGCUCAUCACGCUGGCCCUGUCCGCGCUGCUGCUCGGCCGGCGCCACCACCCGCUGCAGUUUGCGGCCAUGGGCCCGCUCUGCCUGGGGGCCGCCUGCAGCCUGGCCGGAGAGCUCCGGACGCCCCCGGCUGGCUGCGGUUUCCUGCUGGCGGCCACCUGCCUCCGUGGCCUCAAGUCCAUUCAGCAGAGUACCCUGCUGCGGGAAGAGCGGCUGGACGCGGUGACCCUGCUCUACGCCACCUCGCUGCCCAGCUUCUGCCUGCUGGCUGGCGCCGCCCUGGUGCUGGAGGCCGGCGUGGCGCCGCCGCCCGCCCCCGCCGACUCCCGCCUCUGGGCCUGCGUCCUGCUCAGCUGCCUCCUGUCCGUGCUCUACAACCUGGCCAGCUUCUCCCUGCUGGCCCUCACCUCAGCCCUCACGGUCCACGUCCUGGGCAACCUCACCGUCGUGGGCAACCUCGUCCUGUCCCGGCUGCUGUUCGGCAGCCGCCUCAGCGCCCUCAGCUACCUGGGUGUGGCGCUCACGCUUUCUGGAAUGUUCCUUUACCACAACUGCGAGUUCGUGGCCUCUUGGGCUACCCGCCGGGGCUUCCGGCGGAGGGAACAGCCUGGCAAGGGUCUCUGAGACCUGAGGGAACAGGGACCACCUGGGACCGCCCCGGCCCGAAUCCAGCCUUGGCCCGUGGCCAUGGGAGAGCGGGCAGCCGCUGGGGCCGUCGGGGGAGACGGGUCUUCCUGUGGGGUCGCUGUGGAGGCUGCAGUGGGGUCUCCUAGAGAGCCCCGGCUCCUCUCCCCGCCUGCCUCUCCCCAUCACAGACCCCACUCACCACUGGAUGGUGGGUCCAGGCACAGUCGCUGUGGUUGCCAGAGUACUUAGGACGAUUAGGGUCAAGUACUGUGCUGAAAAUUGCUGGCUAAGCUCGGAAAACCUCACCAACGUUCUGACGGUGAUGGUGGUGAUGAUGGCGAUGAUUCUUGGCGGUCGCACAAUCCCUCCUCCAGGAAGUGGGGGAGGCAGCUAGGGGGCCCAGGGAAGGGCAUCUUUGCUACUGGGCUUCCCUGGGGAGCUAGGGUCGUCUGUGCCAACUCCAGGCGGCUGCUGUGGCCUCAGCCCUGGGCCCCCCAACGUUGGGUCUUCCGUCCUCAAAUAAACUAUUUUCGCUUGUA